AUGUUGGUGCCUUGCUACGGACACUUGAUAUUCAACGACACGUGUCCUUUCUGGCUCAAGGAUUUACCUGUUUUGCAAGCUAUCAUCCUUCGUUCAAACAACUUCUAUGGUCCUAUAUCUCCUCCUGAUCAAUGUCCUCUUGCGUUUCCGGAGCUGCGUAUAGUUGGAAUGUCAGAUAACAAGUUUACAGGGAGCUUACCCUCAAAUUACUUUGUAAACGCGAGAGCAUCGUCAUCACUCCAAAUAGAUGAAGAUGGGGCAUUAUACAUGGGAGACUACAGCUUUCCAUAUGGCUAUCGUUAUCAUGAUACCAUUGACUUGCAAUACAAAGGUCUAGAAGUGAAACAAGGGAAGGUCUUCACUUCCUUCGCCACCUUUGAUAUUUCUGGGAACAAGCUUCAAGGAGAGAUUCCUGAAUCCGUUGGUCUUUUGAAGUCACUGAUUGAACUCAACUUAUCAAACAACGCAUUCACCGGUCGUAUUCCUCUGUCGUUGGCUAACGUCACGGAGCUUGAGUCACUUGAUCUAUCCAACAACCAACUCUCAGGGACCAUUCCUAAUGGACUCAAGAGCCUCUCCUUUUUGGCGCACAUAAAUGUGUCUCACAACAAACUCAAGGGUGAAAUACCACAAGGAACACAGAUCAUUAGCCAACCUAAAUCCUCCUUCGAAGGAAACGCAGAGCUUUGUGGUCUUCCCCUCGAACAAAGUUGCUUCAGGACUAAGGCACCACCAAUGCAGCAACUGCCAGAACAAGAAAAAGAAGAACCAGUUUUGAACUGGAAAGCUGCGGCAAUAGGGUAUGGGCCUGGACUGUUUCUUGGAUUGUUGAUAGGUCAAGUCAUCGCUUCGUACAAGCCCGAGUGGCUCCCCAAGAUCACUGGUCUGUAUAAGCGCAGAAACCCUUAG